GGAGGGAUGAGAGAUGGAUGAGGGUAUGUUACGUGGUAAGUAAUGAGAAAAGUAAGCAAUGAAGAAAUGAUGCCACGUUAACUAGCUUUGCCACCUAGCGCCACAUGUCACCCCUUCAAACUUAUGUCUUCGUACGGACAUGCCACAUGGGUGACUAGUUUCUUCUACAAAGUUGCUUCCGCUCCUCAUCAUCAUCAUCAUCAUCCUCAUCAUCAUCAAGAGCAAGAAGUUCUAUCUCUAUCCCUAUAUAUAGAUAUAUAGACAUAAACAACGGCCUAUACAACAAACAAUAUACCGUUAUUUGUUGCAGUGGAAUCUAAUAAUACUAAUCUCAGUAUCUUACUAUUAUAUCUGUAUCUAUAAUAUUAAUACGGUGGGAAAAAAUGACAGACGUGAGGGGAAGCAGUGGUGUUUGCGACGAUAAGUGUGGAUGCCCUUCUCCGUGCCCUGGCAGCUCCUCUUGCAGGUGCGAUAGUAGUACAGGAACGGGGGGAGGAGAUGAUACAAGCAUGGAAGACAAGAGAUGCCCGUGUGGGGAGCAUUGCGGCUGCAACCCCUGCACCUGCCCCAAGACUGUCACCGCUGCUGCUGCUGCUGCUGGUUGCAAGUGCGCUGAAGGUUGCACCUGUGUUACUUGUGCUUAGCCGUUCAUCAUCUUAUUACUCUACUCCCUUCUACCACUACUACUAAAUAUAAUUAAACCUCCUUAUUAUCAUAUAUAUAAUAUAGUCUGAAACUAAAAUGAAAACGCUUCAGAGUUCAGCCCCCGUUUUAGCUAUAGUUUCCUAUUAUGCU